AUGGCCAUGGAUGGCACCUGUGGCGCGACUUCGCGCCCGGGUAACGCCAGCUGGUGGAGUGAAUGGUGGAAGUUGUGGGUCAAGAUAUCCACAAUGGACCCCUCCGUGGAUUCAGGAGAGGAAGGGCCACGAGAGGACGACCCCUCACCACCCUGGUUCCUCCGAGUCGCGAUGAAGUUCCUGCUCAUGUUUGUAAAGGGAGGAAUCGAAUACUGCGGUAUAUUGUGUGUCUCCAUAGGCCUGGCGGCCAAGUGGGUCUACUGGCUUAUGGCGGGCAUGGUUCUGGUGGCCCUCGCGCAGCUGGCCUACUGGACUUAUGUCUGGGUCCUGACCCACCACGGCCGCACGCCCUUCCGUCUUGUGUGGUGUGGGCCCACGGGACAGGUGGCCUGGACCGCCCAGUACAUCCAGGACAAAGUUCGGGGCAGAGGCACUUGUCAAGCCCCUUUUGAUUUGUUGGUCACCGAUGGUACCGCUCUCGCACGACUGCGACAUGGAACCAUCCGGGGGCGCACGAAUCGGCAUGGGUUUACUUGCCCCUGCGACACGGUGCAUGGGAGUUCCCACCGCUACUGGCGGCACUCCCUUGAGGGGGCGAACUGCCGGGUGCACCUCUGCUCUCAAUCACCCUGCACCGCACCGGAAGCUGCAGAGGUGCAUGUCACCUCGAGCUCUGUCGUGCCGCGGGAGGUAGAGCUGGACCUCACCGAGUUGGCGGGCAAAGGCCCUUUCGGCAGGUGCCUUACGGCCACGUGGCUUCUCAGCGCCCAGGGGUAUUACCUCUGGAAGUCACUGGGAGGUUGCGUGUGUUCCUUCCGGCGCCGGUGUUGUCAGUUCUGUGGCUGUGGCUCACGCCCGCGGCGCGGUCCGCGCCCGGGGGGGGAGAACGGCCCAGAGCCUUCACGCCUCCUGCAUGACUGGUCCGAGACGGAAAGCGAAGGCGAUGACAAUGCCCAAGCUUGCCAAGCUGAUCAGCUCGCGUGGGAGGAAGGGGGUAAAACCCAAGCGUUGUGCAAAGAGCCGUGCAAGGACCUGGCCCUAGGGAAGAAGACGGCGUUUGUUAUGCUCGGCUAUGCUCCAGGCAUGCCGCCCUAUACGGGCAUGCAUGCCAGUGCGCGGCGCAAAUGUGCUGUCGAAGGGUGCGUGGAACUUAGUCGGACCACCAAAGGUGGGGUACGGCUAUGCAAGCUCCACGGGGCCAAGGAGGAACGCAAACCUCCUACCAGCUCACAAUCGAAGAGAACUUCCGAGCCCGAUAAGCAUACCCCGCGGCGUGGAUCCACGCCCGGGGGCACCUGCGCAUCAGCGGACGCUCCUGUGACGUCGCGAACCUGCCAGAUCCCGCGACACGCCUGCGAGCGAUUCGCGCUAAGACUGGGUCCGGACGCGCUGGGCAAGCUGGUGCGCAACGUUGCUUUGGGACAACCAGCAGCGAAGGCGUACGCAGCGGCUUGUCAGGAAUAUGGUCUUGACCCGCAUGCACGUCCACUGCAGUGGGCAGCUCGGGAAUACCUGCCCCGGCUUCCCAUCCAAUACCCGCGGCUCGCGCGGAAGGUUCUGGAGGAGAUUGCGGAACAGGGGCAACCUCAGGAGCACGACCCCGUGCUCGGAGCUUUCCACGCAUACCUGCAGGGUACGGAGGGGAGCGGGGGAACCGAGUUUUCUCCUGGUGCUCCCCCUUUUGUCAGUGGCGAACCGCGCCACCCUGCCCUUACCUUGUUUGGAGGCACAGAACCUCCCGCGGCUCGCUCCGAGCCCGGGAUUCCUGUUCCCCCCAUCGAAGCAGGGCAAAAUGCUCCACCGGCGGAACGCACUCCCUUUGCGGCGGCGAGCCUGUUCCGGCCACGCGAGGAGGGACCCGGUAGCCACGGGCUGGACGAGUCUGCCAAAGCCCUGCAGGCCAUUGCUCGGUCACUUGUCAAAGACGACCAAGGGCAGGAGAAGGGGAAGCUUUCAGCUAUCGGUCGGCAGGAGGAACGGCUCAUCUUCCUCUUGCGGGGCUGCGACAGCUUGGACGUGCCACUCGCCGCUGGCGUUGUUGGCAAAGAGCUCUAUCAUAGUUUGAGGGCGGCUGCGACCCAAGCCCGGCCGAAGCUACGGCAACUCCGGUUUCCAGUUAACCUGACCAACCGCCUGUGCUACGCGUUGGCGUCGGCUAGCUUCGGAGCCAAGGACGUGAAGUCCCUGCCGCUGCACUGCGGGUCCGCCGCUGAUUUCCCACAAACCGAGGAAGCCGAAUUCGAUGCUUACUCCAGCCCUCCGGACCUCAAGCUCGAGCCGCGACCGCGCGGUCCUACUACUGUUAGCACUUGGCUGAGAAACGCUUUGAGGCAAGCCUGGGGCCUGGCCUGCGUCUACGGACAACAGCAUUAUGCCGUAUGGGAAGCUGCGGCUCUCCACCUGACUAAGUUGGGAGAGGAGCACAGUUACGCAUGGCCGGCGCAUGUCAUUUUUGAUGUGUGGGAAGAGCUAUGGGCUCGCUUCUUUGAAGAGCUCCGGGAAGUCGAUCGGGACCUACGACGCUUGAUGCGAGAGGAGUCACCGACUUUUGAUCGCAUGAAAUUCGUUGCCACUGACCCACGCGAGUACUUCACCACGGAUGUCCUGGAUAGACUAGCCCUUCGCGGUCCUGCGCGUGCUGGCCUCCCGGGAGGCGGGGGCAGGGCCGGCGACUCCUCGGCCGACGGGCAAGCUGGGCACCCGGGAAAACCAGACGAACCACCCACCCGCGCUGGCGGGGCAGCUGGCAAGGGUGGGGGCCCCCCCCCAGCUCUCGUAGGCCCGGGGCUUUCCCCGAAAGAGACCGCUCGAGCUCUAGAGCACCGGCCCAGGGACGCGGACGGGCAUUUCCAGUGCUGGGAUUUCUUCACCCAUCGAGGUUGUAAGAAAACCGACUGCAGCCUGUCGCACAAGGGCUCGGUCAAGUGGAAGGCUCUUGACUAUUCUAUCAAGCUGCAGCUCCUCCGUCGGGGGGGAUUGCGCAGUACAGCCAAGCGAUCCACUGACGAGCUCGUUAAGGAAAUGACCAGCCUGCGAAGCUUGGAAGCCCAGGACCAGGCUGCUAAGAUCCAGGAGGGUGGGGGUCGGCGUAGGCCCGGCCGGAAAGCCAACCGAGCUGGAGAGGUGGCUGGCGCCACCCCAUCUAAGCCGCCCCCCGACCCCACUCCGGGAACCCGUGCAGGCGAACUCGACGCCGAACCACAGCUCCCCGAGGCUCGUUUCGAGCCCGGGAAACACAGCGUGCCACCUCCUCCCGAGCCCCCAAUCGAACUUAGGGACGGAGGCUAUACCCUCCAAGAGGAGGGCCUCCGCAAGCUCGUGCAGGGUUACGAGUUCGCGGGCUUGGACCUUACCACCCGGACCAGUGCGAUGCGGGCAGUCGAGGCCUUGCUCGCUUCUCAGGACCCGCCCCUCUCUGAGAUGCCGGUCGCUACUACUCUGGGGGGCCCGGAGCUUGCCUCCCAGGCGACUGAAUACCUCGAGUCUACCCAGCGCUUGUCGAGAGCUUGUGGGUCGGAUCAGCUGGGACGGGGUAUCGGUUAUGGCACCUUCGAGUACAACGGAGCCCACUGGCGUCAGUUUGACUACCAGGACCGGCUCCCUCUCAGUCCCGACAUGCAAGCCCUAUUGGGGCGCAACGAGACGCUCCACGUUGCAGCGGGUGUCCUUUCUACAGAGGGCGAACUCCCAACGCUGGCUGCGGCUCAACUUCUGGGGCAAGCUGCCCGUGAAGCGAUGAACCACUCAGCGCGGGAGGUCGAGGCCCAGUUAGGGCCGCCCCCCGAGUAUCUCACUCGGGCCGAGGCCGACUUCAGGGUGUUCAACCAUGACCUCCUGCAUUUCGGCCACGAUCGGGACUAUCGCACCCUCGUCGCCUACCCGCAACCGGCUUGGGAGCAUUUGACGUUUGGGGUCUGGCGGGUGGAACCACAUGGCAGUGCUCUUGUGGAAUACCUGGUGGGCAGCCGUUCUGGCCCUGAUGGGCCUGUUGUAUGGCUCCUUGUGCACAAGGGUCAUAUGCGGCUCCUCUUGCCUCCAGCCUCCGCGGCGUACCCGUUUGGUCGAGAACUCUUGAUGGUUGGGUGGGAGCCUCACCUGGAAGCCGCCAAGCCAGCCGAGGCCUGUCUUCCGGCCCGGCGCGUUCUGGCUUGUCCUGUCUGCCGGUCGGACGCGCCUGAGCGCGCGUUCCAUUCCGGUUUUGUCCCACCAACUUUUGGGCUGCAGCCUCUGAGGCGCGGCGGCGUUUCCCCCGCGGCGUGUUUCAAGCCCGGGGCGCCGGUUGCCCUUCACAGGUUCACCCCCUCAGAUCUCGAGCACUUGUUCGGGUGUGCCUCGCUGGCUGGCCACUCGGCCGUUGUCGUUGGCUGCCCCGGCCCGGUCAACGAUGGUGUCGCCAUUGGUGAUCCGAGCUGGGCUUUCGCUGCUGAGCCCAGAGCCAGGGCAGCGUUGCUGCAGCUCCUGGACAGCUUUGAAGGGGACCGCGUCCUGCUCUGGGUUGGUCCCGAAUUAGUUAUGCCCGCUGGACCCCUCCACGCCUUUCUCGAGUUCCUCGGAGUCUUGCAGGCUCAUGUUGAGGCGCGAGGUCAGGCGGGAGCCCUCGCCGGCCCUGUUACCCACCGCUUGUGGACGCACAAAACGUUUGUGCUUCUUUCUUGCGAGCGUGCGUGGGAUCGCGCGCGCGUCGACAGCUGUGCCCUUCCCCCGGGGGGGGCGGCUGUUUGUCGUGGUUGGUGCGGGGUUGGCCGGCCGGUGCCUGGACUGGUGUUUCCCGCCUUUGUCGGGGUGCCCACACCCAUUUUGGCGACUGCCGCGCUGCUCGCUUUCCCCCUCGGCCCGCAGGCCUCCUCGUCGCUGGAAGGGGACGGCGGGGGGGGGGCAGGGCUGUACUCGAAGGUACCCGGGACCGAGACAAGAACCAGCUUUGAGCUGUGGCCGGAAGGGUGCCCUUACGACCCCGCGAAGUUUGCGGGGCGAUUCGAGCCCGGGAUCGACUCUUCCGACCUCGCAGGAGCCGCGAGCGCCGCGCUCACCCCGCAAAGGGUGGGUGCGUGCAGCUUGCCGUGGGAGAGCCACUGCUGGGCUCUCGUCGCGGCUUGGCUCGAGGCGGAGAACAGCCGCUUGAGCAUGAGCAACCGCCGUGCUGGCGGGAGACCGCGUGACCGCUCUCGCGAGCGAACACCCAGAGAGGCUGGUCAGCGGUCAAGGCUCUACGACGACGGAAAAAAGCUCACAGCGUUUCUCCGCCACACCGCCCCGGUGGACGUGAACGGCUACAUAGCCGUAGAAGAGCUGCUUCGGUUCAGGCGGUUCGAAGGCUGGACCUCCGUCAGGGUGAGAGAGGCUGUGGCAGCCUCCAACAAGAACCGCUUCAACGUGAGGACGUCCCAGGGCGUAGAGCAAGUCGCGGCCUGGUCUGGUCACACCAUCCGGGGUGUUCUGGGCCCAGCCCAGCACGUCGCGGCGGGUUCCCUGCCCGGCGUCCUGGUGCACGGGACCUACAGUGCACAUGUGCCGAGCAUCCAAGCAGAAGGUAUCAUCUUGAUAGACGCCUGUAAGGCGCAGGCCGAAAACCACGUGGCCUUCCGGCUGACGGGAAACGGGAUCUACCUGGCGGACCACGUGUUGCCCUCCGAGCUGUUUCGCUAUCCUCCCUUGGAAGGAGUUCGAGGCGAGCUUGGCUCCAGGGAGGCUGCGGUAGCCGCCGACCAAGAGGAUGCAGCCGAAGCCAUUGAGGUCAGCGAAGAUGAAGCGAGCCUCCCGCUGAACACUGAGACUGUUGCCCCGGGACCGGUUGAGAGUCUGGCGGCGGUGGCCAAAGCUCUCGGGCCGGUCGCCGCCGGCCAGGAGCCUGCUACAAUCUUCGUGAAGCCCUCCACGUUUGAAAUUUUGCAACCGGCUGGCGACGAUGAGGAGGCUUCUCCGCGGCGCGCUUCGCGCCCGGAGGCCGCCUCUUCCUCUGGGACGCGAGCUGCCUCCGUUUCAAGAGCAGGCGAGGUCAGUGGACCGACCAAGCGGACGGCCACUAGAACUCGGUCCGAAUCGCCCAAAGUUCGCUUUGGCACAGCGCACCUUCAGCUUAUCCGAGAAAUCGCCCAAGCCGACUCAGCAAACUUCAAGAGUCUCAAGCGGGUGGUGGAAGGAAGCAACGUGUCAGCUGUGACCAAAAGCCAAACCCUGGACCGCUUGGAACAGCUGGCGUACCAGCGUGGGGUCGCCUCGCUCGAGGGCAAGAUCCGCACCCUGGAUGUCCAGCGGGACGUCGCCCAGAGAGCCCGCACCGAGUCAGAGUACUUGCAGUCCCUGACUCCAAAAAACAGGGCACUGGAGCAGAGCAACCCGGAGCCGAAGACCUCGGACGCCCGCAUGCAGCAGGCAAUUGCCGCAGGCGGGGCUGUCUGGGUCGAACGGCGCAAGCAGAAGGGGAGGGAAAGAGCCGCGCGCCACAGGGAGGCUCAGGUUGCACAAGCGGCAGAGGAGAGGGCCGCCGCUACCAGCGUGAUAGCCGGCCUCCCUGUCGACCAGCGGGGCCCGGCCCUGGAUGCCGAGAUGGACCGCCGAGCCCGCGAGGAGCUCACAGAGUUCCGACGGAUGCUCCGCGAAGAAGCGAGGGCAGCUCGGCCUCCGGACAAUAGGCCCAGGCAAAAGGACUCCAAGCGCAGGGCCGCGCUCAAGUGGCAGCGGUGGCGGCAGCGACGCUCCACCGACGACAAGGAGCGCGAUACCAACCACGCCAUCGCACACCUCACUGGUCGUGGGCCCCUCUCCUGGGAAGAGGCAAGCCCUGCCCCCGCGGCGCGUUUCGCGCCCGCGGAAGACCAGAUAAGGCGUGCCUCGCGCCAGGACGAUCGCAACGCGGAUGCCCGCAACCGUGGCCCUGCGACAGAACGUGGGGACCUGCGCCCCAGCUGCCGCGCCGGUGCGGACGGCGGCUCGCCCGGCUUUGGGCAAAAAGAGCCGCCCGCCUUCAGGGUUACUUGA